GGGAGCGGCCGGGGGCGCUGGGAAGGCCGCGGUCGGUGGGCGGUGGAUAAGACGGGCGAGUGCGCCUGCGCGGAUUAAUUUCUGGCGCCGCCGUUCCCUCCCGCCUUCGCCUCCGCUUUGAGUCGGAGUCCUGCCCCGGCCCAGCUCAGCGACGCGGCAACCCAUAUCCCCUCGCCACCGCCCUGCACAGCGCCCCGCCCUCGCGCGACAGCUGCCCUCGCGGCACGUGCCACGCCGUAUACGAAGGCGUCAAGCCACGCCUCAUUUGGCACGCAUCGUUCCCUCCUCGCGAGGGCGCUUCGCGACUUCCCUCUGCCUCCUUUCCUCCGCUGUCUUCCUCGCCCUAUCGCGCUCCCAUCAUGAGCGAGCAUAAUCCGGACGGCGACGACCACCACAGCUCUCCGCCCCAAUCUGCUGACGCCGUGCAGCCCCAGAUGACCAUGCACCCCAUCACCUACUCCUCCAUGCCCAUGCACAUGUAUCCGUUCCCGCCGGGCGUCCUCCCCGCCUCCGCUGGCCGCACAAAGCGCAGGCAGGUCAAGAACGCCUGCACCAACUGCCAGAAGGCCUGCAAGAAGUGCGACGACGCCCGCCCCUGCCUCCGCUGCGUCAAGUACGGCAUCGCCGAGGAGUGCAUCGACUCCCAGCGCAAGGAGCGCCAGAAGGGGGUCAAGCGGGGGCCAUACAAGAAGCGUGAUGGAAAGCCCAACAGCGUCGACGAUCCCGUCGACGUCAACGGCCAGCCGGGCAUGGUCAUCCCGCCGGCCGUUGCGGCUACGAGCGUCACGCCUCCCGUCCCGUACGUAGCCCAGUAUGCGCCGUUCUACGGCCAAUACCCGACCCACCUGCCCAAGCCCGGUGAGGGACCCGUCUACGUCCCACAGCUUGUGUACGCCCCGCUUCCUCCGCACGCCACCCAGCAGAUGCCGCCCGGCCAUGGUGGUCAGGAAGGCGAGGUCCCGGGGUACCCUCCUGCACCGUACUACCCCAUCUUCACCCCGUACCCGCCGCAGUACGCUACGCCUAUAUGGUCCCAGCCCACGCCCGCCGGAGGGCCAGCCGAUGCCAGGUCCGGUGGUGCAUCCUGCCCACCACUACCAGCCAUAUCCGCCGCCUCACCCGUACCAGAAGCCGCCGUCCAGGGGCCCGGACAUGAACGUCAACGCGCACCAUCCCAUCCAUGAUGGAUCCUCGCAGGGACAUGCGCUUGACGGCAGAAUGCCUGAGGCCUCCAUAAGGCCAUGGCAAGUGAGGAGGGGAUAACGUGAUACCUUGAACGUGUCGAUAUGCUCUCUCAUCUAUGUUGCUGCUUAUUUCACGCUUUCGUAUCGCCGUCGUCGCGUGAGUAUGUAAGAUAGGAUCUACCACGUCGUCGCUGUACUAUAUACUGUAGUCGUCGGUUGUCGCGCUGCUUGGAUAUUUCUUGUGUCUCCGUGCCAUACUGCAAAACUGUGAUAAAUUGGAUUCUCGUGCGAACAAUGCUAACUAUUCUGACUCUAAG